AUGCCGCCGAAAUCAAUUAGAGGAAAAGUGAAUGAAGGAGCAACGUCAUCAAAUGUCAAUAAUCCUGCAAUUCCACGUGUUGAAGAUGAAGAUGACGAUGUGAUGUUUUUAUGUGAAAUAGAGAAGCCCAAAAGAUCCGACAAAAAUAAGGUAAUUUUUAUUUUUGGGUUGAAAAUCUGAAAACAAAAGAAAAUUUGAUCAAGAUUUUUUCAAAUCUAAUUAGUAGCUCCAAAAACUUUGUGUGUAAUACAAAAAUUGUUCAAAUUUCAACAAAAUUUCGCCCAACAAAAACAAAUUUUAUUCGAAUUUGUUAAUGAAAAACAGAUAAAAAAAUGUGUCAAAAAAUGCUGAUGAAUGUUUUAAAAUUUUAAUUUUAGGUCAUGAAAGAAGACAGCCACAAAGAUGAGUCAGAUUUAGAAUCAGAUGAGGAAGAAGAAAAUGAGAAUGAGGAAAAAGAGGAAUCGGAGGAUAAUGAUGAGCAAGAAACAAGUGAGGAUGAUGUAGAACAAGAGGAAGAAGAGAAUACGGAGGAUAGUUCGAGAGAUUCUUCUAUUCAAAUUAUCGAGGUGGAGGAUGAUUCAACAGAAGAAGUGAAAGAUGAGGAAGAACAUAGUAUUGAAGUUCAGGAAAAAGAGGAAGAAUCGGCUGAUGUGAGUUUUUUAUUCUCAUCCUAAAAAUUGAUUUUUAACCUGACCAAAAUUAAAUGUUGCGAAAAGUGAUAACGUUAAUUUUGGAGUGCUCCUAAAAUAAAAUAACAACUUCUCUAAUACAAAGAUUCUUGGAAAUUAAAAAAUUCAAUUCAAAUUCCCCCCAGAAUUUUCAAUAAGAAUAAUUGUUCAAUUUCAAUUUUCAGGUUCCAACGACAAGUAGAAAAAGAAAGAGAUCUUCUUCUGUUGAAUUUCUCGGAGUCUUUCCAUCAACAACAUCAAAUUCUUCCACAAUGGCGCCAAAAAAGAUGAGAAAAAAUGGAAAUGAAAAUGAAAAUCCGGUUGAUGCUCGAGGACGUCAAGGAGUAGAGGAAUUGGAUUCAGAUGGCAAUGAAGGGGAGGAAGAUGAAGAGGAUAAUGCCGAAUUUGUUAAGGUUAGUUAUUCUGAAGUAAAUUGUUUUCAUGAAAAAUUUGAAUUUUUUAGACUUUCCUGAAACGUCAGUUUGCUCAAUGUCCCUAUGUCUUCAAAAAUCUCCGAAAUGUAUCCGAGCUGCUGGUCAGUUUUUUUUUUUGGAAUUCAAUUUGUUUCAUAAAAAAUAUAAAUCAUUUCAGGAUUAUGUGGUUGUUUACCUGAAACAAGACAAAGAACUCUACUACAAAGUUACACACAGUUUUGAAGAUAUGAUAAAUUGGUACAACACAGAAUUCCUUGUUGGCUACAAAAAUUGGAUACGAUUUUGUGAUGAUCCGGAAAAAUCAGAAAUCGAAAAUAUGACUGCGAAUAAAUAUAAUGUUGAAUUCCAAAGUAAGCAUUGGCGGAAAUGUUUUUUGCAACAUUUAAUUUUUUUGCAGUUAAUGGUACAAUUGUUGAACAACCAGUAGAUGCUCAUCCAGUGAUUUUUCCAACACAAAUCAGGGAGAGACUUGUCGCAAAAAUGCGUGAAGAACACGAAGAGAGGGAAAAUCGGCGAUUGGAAGAGGAAAGAUUGGUUAGUUCUAAUCAGGGGGGGAUGGUUUCUAGAAUUUUUGAGUUGUUCUAGAAUUUUUCUAAAUCCAAAUAUUUUCUAACUCUAAUAUUUUCAGAUGUUCCAUAGAUUCUAUGAACAUCAAAGACAAAUGUUCAUCGAGCAAUUAAGAAGAAGCCGCGAAAGAUGGGAGCAAUAUAUGCAAGGUCGCCGUUUCUAA